UCAAAGACUCACAAACUAAUCUGCUUUCAGCGAACAAGCCAGUUGUUGUUUCCGAGAGCAUUGGGGUUUUUAAAAUGAUUAAUGUGAACAGCUGUGCUACAGAACCCCAACCUGGCCUGCAAGGUAAUGUCACUGUAUCACAGGAGCUGGAAGUCACAGAAAAAACACUACCUAUUACAAACCUCAGUCCUUCUUAUGAAACUAUCCAGUCAAUCAAGACCAAAAGUAUUCUUGCCACUGAAGGCAGUGAACGUCAAAUGCUUUUUGAUUGUAAUUGUGAAGGAAAAGCUACGAAAGACAGCAAAGAUUUAGGCAGUAAAUUGGUCAUUGCUGAUGAACUAAAAUCCAUAAUUUUUUUAUCAAUGGAUAACUUGGACCUCCAAAUUGAAAACAAUUUACAUACUAACUCUGACAGAAAAAUCUCAGAAGAUUUAGGUAGAAGAGAGAUUGAACACAAGGCUGGCACAGAAAGAAUGAAAGAAGACGCUUCUGUAAGUUUACCAGGCACGAGCAUCGAAGACUGUAUUGAAAGGCAUCAGCAGGAUAAAAUAAAGAAAGAGAUUGAAGGAAGUAAAUGUGAAAGGAGUAUAUCUCCAGGCAUAGUAUGUGGAGGUUUAAAUGUCAGUAGUAAUUGGGAGUCAGUUAUAGAACAAUCGGCUCAGCUUUUAAAAAGUCAUAUUGCAGCGAAAGAAAGUUCAAAUGAAACUGAUAGUCUUGAUGAUUCAAAUUUCUCUGUGGAAAAGUUGGAUAUGGAAUUGAGUUGCGAUGUUGUGUCCAGAGAUGUGAACAUAUUAGCCAAAGCUGGUCCAAAUCUAGCAGCCAUUCCAAAAGCCUUUUCACCACAUCAGUCCCCUGAAGAUUUCACAAAGGAGCACGGAUAUCUUUCAAUGAUAUUUCCUCCUUCACAUAAUGAAAUGGCAGAUUCUUUUUCUGGAGGUAAUGAUGUUGACACCGGGACUGACCGUUAUGACAAACUUCAAAAAUGUCAAGGGAAAAAUGGCAAUAAUGAAAGCAAAGAUGGCAGAUUGUCUCUGGUGGAUGUGGGCUUCUCCGGUAUGGAGCAGGAAAGUGAUAAGAGUCUGCCAACACCCCUCGGUGCAGAGCUAGCAGCCAAAAGUGAACAAAACACAUUCCCUUGUGCAAAAAGCGAGGUACUAACCAAACACAGUCCUGACAAGGUACAACCAGAUGUUCAAGAUUACAAAUUACCACUCAUUAAACUAACAUUAGAAAGCAGGGCACUGAUGGAUCUUUCACAAUUUGCUGGUCCUCAAGAAGAUAAUGCUAAUUUGUCUGAGCUGGAAGAUCUGCACUUAAGUGAAUCUGAUUGGCAAGCCUUUACGCCUUCUGUGGAAGAAGAAGAUGCUACACAUGUUGUCUGUGGACUCAUUAAUGAGCUUUCGAAGAUCAAUCGUGUCAUUAUGAUCACUCGUCGAGAACUGGAGAGCAUGAGACGACACAAAAACAGGAGAGUGAGACCGGUCAGCAGACACCCACAUGUCUCCAAAGGAAUAACAAAUGUAACAUAUUCGAUGAAGAGGAAAGAUCCAUGAGACGAAUUACAGCUUGCAACCUGAUAAAAAGGUUCAUGAUUUACAUAGAAUUACAAAAUAUUUACGACUCAGAAAUAGGCUAUUCAGCCUAACAGGCCCAUGUCCAUUUUUAUGCUGUACACAAACCUCUCUUUCUUACCAUAACUCCAUCAGCGUAUCCUUUUUAUUCUUUUCUCCCUCGUGUACUUAUCUAUCUUCUCCUCAAAUGCAGCUGCCUCGCCUACUUGCCCUAGCAAGGUUUACCACCCUCUGAGUGACACUUUCUCCUGAAUUUCUAAUCGGAUUUGUUAAUGAUUGUUUUCCCUUUUUGGUCGUGCCUGCAAGUGGGAACAUCUCUUUGCAUAGUCUAUUGGCCAGUUUCAUUUUCUUAAAUACAGUAAAUCCUCACUUAAAGUUGUUGUGCUUUUGAAACGUGCGCCUUUAAACAAAAGCAGUGUUAAGUGAAUCAGGUGUUCCCAUUAAAAUCAGUGUAAAAGCAGUAGUUAAGUUCCAUGGGAGUUUUCUCAUCAGAAAGAUAGAAUAUCAAACCUUUAUGCCCUGUGAGUUGAAAUACUUUGUUAAAUUCCAUGUAUUGGUAACUAAAAUGUCUGCUAACCUAAAAGACAUCUAAAACGUAAAAUAAAAAUGGUAGCUUUCUACUCAGUUCCAUUUACCUCUGACCCUGCUCUCGAGGCUUCUGCUUGCAGUACAUCAGAGUCCCUGGCUCUUCUUAUUUCUGCCUACCCUCUGAGCUCUCACCCUCUGUCCCUUACCCUGACCCUCCUGAUGCUGCAGAGUCUCUUGUGAGCCCUGCCACUCCCUGACCUUUGCAAUUGUUGUAGAUCCUCUGGUCAUGGACUCUGCUGCUCCUUUCCUGUCACCAACCUUUCCCCUUUCCAACUCUCCUGCUCCCUGCCUGUCCUUACCACUUUGCCCUCCUGAACCCUUGCUUGCCAUAUACAGUGAGAGCCAGGAAGAGCAGCAACAACAGGAAUCCAGAAGGUCAGGGAGUGACAGAGGCUGCGAGCCAGUGAGAGGGAGGACAAGAAGCAGCAGAGUCUGCUCCAAAAUGAUGGGUUCAUAAGGCCCACUGUUAGAUCUGGCUCAAGAAUACUUAAAUGAAAUUUGCCUUGCAAAAUGAGAAUAAGGAUCUCGUAAACUGAUUGACAUGAAGGCAAACAACUUUAACAGGGAAACUUUUACCAGGUCACACCUUGUGCCUCCUAUUUCCUAGUCAAAGUAGCUGUUCAUCCUUCCCUGAUAGGUGUGAUCUUUCAGUUCUGGUAGUAACCUUUUUUGCACCUUCACCAGUGCCCCUAUAUCUUUUUGUUCAAUAUCAAGAUCAGAAUUUCUCUGUCUUUCAACUCUUGCCUUCUAGAAAUGAAUCCUGAUGUUUUUGUUCUAUGACUCUAUUAAAUUAGAUUCCCUAAAGAUAGCCUUAUCAACGUGUAUCACUACUUAUAAUUAUUCAUGUAUCUCCACCCUCAAAUCUCUCCCUUCUCUAAUCCGUAGAAAUGUUAUUUCGAAGGUAUGUGGGCUUUUUUGUUCCACAGGAUUACAUGACCUUGCACUUGACUAAAUGCAGUUCAUAUGAAAAUUAAAUGCCAGUUGUGAGUAGUUUAUUAACAAUAGCUUCCAGUACUUUGUUGCAAUCCUCCUCUGUAUUUGCAAUAACCCACCUCUGUGGCACCCUCCCACCACCAAGGUUGGCAUCAUCUGCAAAUUUUGAAAUGCACUUUCAGUUGCAAGUGCUCAAGUAAGUGAUAAAUAAAAAUGCUUCCUUUUCAGUCCUAUGGAAUGUCACUUCCCAUCUAUUACCAGUCUAAGCAACUACCUUUAUCUUUUUAUGCUCUGUUUCUGUUUUGAAGAAUACCUUUAAACUACCAUAAGAGCAAAGCUUGUUGUCUUUGGUUCAGCUAUUAGAUAGGAAGGGGGUAGAGAAAUACAGGAAGAGCAGCAGAAGCUAAAAGGUCACCUUCAGCAAGCUGAUUUACAUCAGCACAUAGCCAAGGAUACUGUGAGAUGGUUAUCUGCAAGAUAAGCAAGUGUGGAACGAUAUCCUCUAGUCAGUAUUUUUCUUUAAGUCAGUAAAUCCAAUGCCUGGAGAAAAUUAUCCCCUCAGGAUUAAAAGAACAAUCAGGGUUUGUUAGUUAAAUGAUGUAUGCUGGACUAUGCUCCUGCAUGAAUGACUGUUCUGUCAGUAAGUG